AUGAGGCGGAAUCGAUCCCCGUCAUCACCCUCGCCCUACCGGGCUCUUGCUCAUGGCGCUGGUGCCGCAGGGCCCGGCGGGGUGCCUGAUUCCAUCUCCCUCCUCAGGUCUUUCAACGUCGACACGAACCCAACUCGCCCUAUGCGACCUUCACCAUUGACUGCGUCGACAAUCCGGGAUAUGCCACUUGACCUUGUUGACCGUAUUAGAUCUUUCCCGCUGUUUGUAUCUGCACCCGAAGAGUUUUUAGCUGCAAUUGGAAAUCACCUACGACCGCAGGUUCAUGCUGCCCAAGAUCAUAUCCUUACCGAGGGAGACGAUGCUCGGGCGAUGUUCUGGUUGGUGCGGGGUGUUGUGGCUGUCACUUCCCGUGACGGAGAAGCCAUUUACGCGGAGCUCAAACCUGGUGCUUUCUUUGGGGAGAUCGGCGUACUAAUGAACAUUCCUCGCACUGCCACGAUCGUUGCUCGGACAAAAUGUCUUCUCGUUGUCCUUAAAAAGGAGGAUCUCCAGGCAGAGUUGCCCAAGUUUCCAGAUAUGGAAAAGGCAAUUCUUCAGGAGGCCCAAGAACGCUUGAAUAUUCUGAAAAAGAAGCGCCAAGAAGGCGGGCAGGCUAUAAAGCCCCCGUCGGCACAUAUCAAUGGAACAAGAGAACCAGCGCCGGGUGAGGUUUCGACAGGCGAAGUCGGUACAAUCAAGGAGGGAGCAAUUGUGAAUUCAAAGAAGAGAAAAUCACCAAGUCCAGGAGCCAUCGAGGACCCUGCUGCGGGAAGCGCACUCGGAAGCGGUUUUGUCAAUGUAAGGAAAACUUUGAAAGAGUUGCCUCUCUUCUCGACACUGCCCCCCGACAUCCUCCACUUCCUCGGCUUGAGCGCCCAGCCGAAAACAUACUCUCCGUUUACGGACAUUAUACAGCAAGGUUCAGCGGGAAAUGAGAUAUUUUUUAUCGUUCGGGGGGAGGCGGAAGUAAUUCACGAUGCGCCCAACACUCAGGAGCCCUUCAAAAAGUUAACACGUGCGUCAUAUAUACGCCCUAGAUUGAAAGCUGGCCAGUAUUUUGGAGAGGUUGCAAGCUUGGGUUUGUCGGAAGGUCGGACGGCAACUGUGCGCGCAAUCACCACAGUCGAAUGCCUGGUGAUCCCAGGUGACGCGCUAGACAAACUAUGGAGUCGAUGCCCACCCGAUAUCAAGUCUCAAGUGGAAGAGACUGCACGAAAGAGGUACAAGAAGUCGGAUGACGACGUAGAGAUGGCCGAUGCGGAUCCUAGGGAACGGACCACCAAGUCAGAUCCUCCCACGCCGACUACGCCCAAGGUUCUGCCGCAUGUUACAUUCACAACUCCCUCAAAACCGACUUCUCCUGCCAAGGACGACAACGACACCAUGGAACCAAAGGACCCCGAUCCAUUUUUAAGCGUUGACAUGGAAAACAUGCGGAACAGGCGACGCAAUUCUUUAGCCCCUCCUACCCCGCAGUCCGAUAUGUCUUCGCCGACAGGGGUUAAUGGUUACCGUCUGCACCAAAUUGAGUCAACACCGCUUCGUUUCUCUAUCCCCCAGUCACCUCCCGAGUCGGAAGCACCCGUUAAGCGAGCCCGAACGUUACCUCGCCGGCCGCACCCAGCUCAUGUCCAUGCUCUAUCGGACGACAUGCUUGUUUUAGCCUUUCGUUUCUUGGACAUCGCGGAGUUGAUGCGUGCGCGCCUUGUUUCGACCCAUUGGCGGAGGCUGUUGACUACACAUCCUAAAGUGUGCCUUGACUUGGAUCUUUCAGAGUACAACAGAAGGGUUACGGACAUGGCCAUUAGGUCAUGUAUUGGUCCUUUUGUUGGCACGCGACCGGAGUCCAUCGACAUAAGCAACUGUUUCCAUAUCACUGAUGAUGGCUUCCGUAGCCUUUGGGAAAACUGCGGCCGCAAUGUGAAACGGUGGAGGAUGCGUUCUGUGUGGGAUGUCUCUGCAAACCAAAUCCUAGACAUGGCCGAGAACGCAAAAGGCUUAGAAGAGGUCGACUGGAGCAACUGUCGAAAAGUUGGUGAUAACCUCCUUGCCCGUGUCGUCGGCUGGGUGGUACCCGAACCACCGCCGCCGCAGCCUGCCAGCAAACAAAUUGUUAUUUCUAGCUCCUCCGCGAAAGUUAAACCUCAGAAAGCCGCAGCACAACAAGCACAACAAGCACAACAAAGACCAGCCAACAUUCCCAAACCAGGGACGAUCAUUGGCUGCCCUAAACUCAAACAUCUCAACUUAUCAUAUUGCAAGCAUAUCACCGAUAGGUCAAUGGCACACAUGGCGGCUCACGCUUCAAAUCGCCUAGAGUCAUUGUCUCUUACGCGCUGCACGUCGAUUACCGACGCAGGUUUCCAGUCAUGGGCCCCAUACCGGUUUCUCAACCUAUCGCACUUGUGUUUGGCUGACUGCACCUAUCUUUCGGACAACGCCAUUGUCGCACUGGUGGGCGCGGCCAAGAAUUUGACGCACUUGGAUCUAUCGUUCUGCUGCGCACUUUCGGAUACCGCAACAGAAGUUGUAGCACUUGGGCUGCCACAGCUUCGCGAACUUCGUCUAGCGUUUUGUGGCAGUGCCGUCUCGGACGCUAGCCUUCAAUCUGUGGCUCUACAUCUCAACGAAUUGGAGGGUAUUACCGUUCGUGGUUGCGUCAGAGUAACAGGUGGCGGCGUCGAGAACUUGCUUGAGGGGUGUGGGCGACUUGAAUGGGUCGAUGUCAGCCAAUGCCGGAACCUCGAGAGCUGGAUAAGAAGCGGAGGCGUCAUGAGAUGGGGAUUUGAUGAGCGCGGCGGCAACGGUAUGUCACCCGGCCAAGUGCCUUUGCCGUUGCCAAGCCCGACGCCGACUCCGACAACGGAUCACGUCGGUUUGAGUGGCAGACCGCAUGCACUCAGCUUCCGUCGACGGGCGAGAAAACCGGUACGCUUUAUCGUUGAGAAGGGGGCAUUCGGAUUGAGAUGA